AUGGAAAAAUUGUUUGUCCACUUAAUAAGAAGAAGCGAUGAAUAUUUUGAAUUAGCUGGACUAUCCGAAGAUAAGCGGUUAUGGUUUAGCUUACCAGAUGAACAUAAAAAUUUAUAUGAACAUAAGGUAUUAUCAUCAAAAACCACCAUUAAAAGUGCAAUUGCUGCUAUUAAACCGAUUAAUGGUUUCCGAAAAAUUGGCAUUAAAUUAGAUGAGGAUUUGAAAAAAGAAUAUUUUGAUGAAGAUGGAAACCUUAGCUACAAAAACUAUCCGUUACAGGAAUCUGUAGUUUUUUUUGAUGUGGGUUGGACAGCUGUCAGAAAAGCAUAUACCUAUAAAUACUUAGGCGGCUCAUUGAUCGAUUACGCUUUAACAAAAGAAAAUUUAUGUUUAGAAGUAGAAAGUGAUAGUACUAUGAGUUCCAGAAUAAACUUGAUUGUAAUGGGUUUACCAUCUCAAGUUCAAGAUGAGCUAGAUCGCGAAGACAUUAACACUAUAAAAAAAUUAUACAAUGAACUCCGAAAGCUAGAUGGUCAAUAUAAUAAACGUUCGAAAGAAAAUAAACCAUUUGAUAAUCGUUCCGAUAAUAAAUAUGAUCCAAUUAUUCAAAAAUUACCAUCUGCAAUAAAAUUAAUACAAAGUCAAGGAUUCAUAGGAGAGACACAUCGGGUGGUAACUGAAGAUGGAUAUAUAUUAUCCCUACAUCGAAUACCAUAUCAAGAUAGAACGAAAAAAUAUAAAGGUCCUGUAUUAAUUCAUCAUGGGCUAUUAGGUUCGUCAGAUUUAUGGCUACUUCGUUCACGAGAAGAUGAUUUAGCAUAUCUAUUAGCUGAUCAAGGAUACGAUGUAUGGCUAGGAAAUGCUCGAGGGAAUACACAUUCAAGAAAGCAUAUUUCAUUGAAAACUAAGGAUCCGAAAUUCUGGAAGUUCGGGUUUCAUGAAUUUGGAUAUUACGAUUUACCAGCAUCCAUUGAUUAUAUUUUGAAUAAAACAAAUGAAAAACAAUUAUUUUACAUCGGUCAUUCUAUGGGUACCUUAAUGACGUAUAUUUUGGGAUCAACAAGACCUGAAUAUAACGAUAAAUUUCGUAUUAGUAUAAAUUUAUCGCCAGUAUACUUUUUGAAAGUUCGAAAUCAAAUGCAAGCAACAAUGGUAGAAGGUAUGAAUUCCUUUCAGCAAACUUUAGAGCGACGUGGAAUAUUCGAAGCGUUCCCAUCAUCUGAAGUUAAUCUUAAAAUAAUAAGAAUGAUCUGUGAGGCGGGAUUUUCUAUUGAAGAAAUAUGUUUAGAAACGACGGCUCGAUUUCUAGGAUGGGAUCCAAAACAAACCCCAUUGCAUUUCAUUCCACAUUUAUUGAAACAUUUUCCGAUGGGCACUUCAACACAAACUUUAGCACAUUUUGGACAAAUUAUUAGAGAUGCACGCGGUCUAAAACCAUUUGAUUAUGGAACAGAAAAAAAUUUAAAAUUGUAUGGUGAUGUAAAGCCUCCUUUAUAUGACUUAUCGAAAGUUACUUUACCAACUGCUAUGUAUUAUUCACGUGGAGAUUUUAUUGUUAAUACUAAGGAUGUGAGACAAAUUGCUAAAUUAUUACCAAACUUAGUUGGAGUAUAUGAAGUACCAAAGAAAAGUUUUAACCAUAAUGACUUUUUAUGGGCGAAAGAUGCAAAAGAAUUAGUUUACAACGACUUAAUAAAAUUAAUAAAUAAUUUUUGAAAGUUAA